CCGGGCCCGCUGUGGUACCACACGUGGCCUCUUUAAGUAAGUUAAAACAGUGCGUGCCGUAAAACAAUGAAAACAAUACCGCGUGCUCGAACUAAGCUUAAUACAUCAGUAAAAUAGGUAUAUCUGAAAGUUUUAAUUUUACUAGCAAAUAUGUGCAGUAAAUACGGUUCGACGGAUCUGAAAGAGCAAAUUGUGAAGGAUACCGUGGUGCCCGAAUCGGAGUCUGUAAGUGAACCCAGCAGAAGAUGGCGCCUGCGUAUUGGACAGAAAAUAUUCUUCGGGAUCGGGCACGUUUACAACGACCUAUGUGCCGCAAUGUGGUUCUCUUACAUGAUGCUCUUCUUUCAAGCCGUACUGCAUAUGAGGGCAGCUGUCGCCGGCACAAUGCUUCUCUUAGGGCAGAUUGUCGAUGCUCUCGCUACUCCUGCUGUAGGCAUCCUGGCUGAUCGGUACGGCACAAAGAAGUCUUGGCAUUUAUCAGGCAGUGUUUUGGUAACAUGCACGUUCCCCCUCCUCUUCAUAAGAUGUUGGGGCUGCUGGCUCGGCCAGAAUGCCGCCUACCUCUCGUGGUGGAUGCCGUUCUACUACGCGGCACUCAUCGUGUUCUUCCAAAUAGGAUGGGCCAUCACACAGAUCUCUCAUCUUGCUAUGAUCCCUGCUAUAACAGACAACCUGGAGGUUCGCUCCGAAUUAACUUCUAUAAGAUACAUGGCUUCAGUGAUAUCAAGUUUAAUGGUGUACCUCAUAACAUGGGUAGUACUCAGGGCAACUAAUUAUAGCACUUUCAUUGGACCAUCAGAUGACUAUAAAUUUAGAGAUGUGUCGAUAAUAAUUUCGAGCAUCGGAAUAUUAUCAUAUACCCUAUUUCAUAUGUUCUUCAAAUUGACGUCACGGGAGAUCAAAGCAAACGGGCACUGUGUGACCAACGGAACCACAACCCUGGUUAAAGAAGAUGCUGAAACACCAUUAGUUACUAAAUCGAAGAUAAUGCAUUUUGUACGAAUGCCUUUAUUGUACCAGGCCAGCUUGUUAUAUGUGUUUUCAAGACUAUACUGGGCCCUUAGUCUGGUCUAUGUGCCCCUCUUCCUGGAGGAGAGACUGGCUUUCAACCCUAGCGCAGGAUCUGAACUUGUGGCGAGCGUACCGCUGGUCCUGUAUAUAUCCUCAUUUUUCUUCUCACUUCUCCUGAAAAGCAAUAUCAGUCGAGUCGGUAAUCAGAUUGCAUAUUUCAUUGGAAGUACCCUCAGCCUGAUCAGCUGCGUGUGGAUAGCAGUAGUCGUGGACCCAGAGGCUAGCAUCGUCCAAAUAUAUAUUGUGGCUACAUUAAUAGGAGCUGGCAGUUCAAUAACACUGGUAUCGAGCCUAUGCGUGACCGCAGACAUGAUAGGCCCGCACUCGCACCAGGGCGCUGCCAUAUACUCCAUUGUAACGUUCGCCGAUAAACUCGUCACUGGGAUAGCAGUUGUGGCAAUCGAAAAUUACAAAUGUGAUGAUGCAGAAGAUUGUCCUCAAUACUAUAGAGGAGUUUUGACAUACGCCUGCGGAGGGAGCGCUGCCUUGGGAAUUCUUUGUUUAUCAUUUACGAAGUUUUAUAGACGGAAACAAGACUCUGUUUAAUUUUUAUUAAAUAUUAUCUACUGCUUCAGAUGUUAUACCUACCUAUCUUUAAUGUAAUUAUAUUUAUAAAAAAUCAUUUUUAUUACUACACACUCCAUCUCUGUCGUUCCGGCUACCCAAUAUUAUUAUAGGCACUUCAACAAAAGAGAUAACCUAAGCUAAAGCACAGCUUACUUAAUAAUUACUACGUGCUAAAGCUCGAAGCUGUAAUGGCGCGAUUACACUUAGC